UAACCGUCAUUUUGAACGAAUCACGCGAAGCGUUUUCUGAAGCGUUCCGCCAACCGUUCCUCCAAUACCGCGGACCCGGUUUGUUUACAGCGAUGACAUUGGCAGUGCGUGCAGAUGUAAACAUUACCAUUCCUGUAGCGUCCAAAUGGAUUCCCGUACACACUCGCUUUCAACGGUCUGCCGAUUUUGUCUCUGCCGGGAUGAGGAUAAAUUGAUUCCUCUGUCGAUACUAACCGAUAAAUCACUUACCCUGCAGGAUAUGGAACUGUUCACCGGUAUUCAGAAUCUAAAUGAUCAUCCUUACCUCUAUAUGGUGUGCGAAGAGUGCGACAGUACGGUGAAUAAGUUUGUUGCCUUUCGUGCGCUCUGCGCUAAGACCGAUGAUUACUUCCGGAAGCUCGUUACGGAAGCACUUGCAGAAAAUGACGAAACGCAGGCUCCUCCUAACGAGACCGCCAUUGUGGGUGAAACGAAGGUACAACAUAAUCAGCUGGAAGAGAGUGAAACUGUAUCAAGCCUACGUGCUGCUGCCAAAGAAGGCAAGCAGACCGUGGCAGAGGAUGCGAGCAAGAAGCUUUGCGACAUAUGCGGUGCCUUUGUAGCGGAGUUGAACGGGCACCGGCGUGUCCACACGAAGGAAGCACCGUACGCCUGCGACUACUGUAGCAUUAGGAUGACACACAAGUCCAAUCUGCUGCGGCACAUCGACUCGGUACACCUGAAGCGCAUCAUCAAGCGCUGCGAGCAGUGCGACAAGGGGUUCACCAGCUACUUUUCCUACGGUUCACACAUGCGCUCUCAUCAUUCGACGGAGAAGAAGUACGAGUGUAAAACGUGCUGCAAAAAGUUCAACCACCACAGCAGCCUGUGGCUCCACAACAUACGCACCCACCAGGACGAAAGAAAGUACAAAUGCACGACCUGCGGCCUGCCCUGGAAGACGAAAGAGUCGCUAAGGACGCAUGAACGAUCGCACUCGUCGGAGCAACCGUACGCGUGCCAGCAUUGCCCGAAGCGUUUCAAAACCCGGUACGGCUGGAAGUCGCACGAGCUGACGCACACCGGCAUCGUGUUCAGCUGCCAGCUCUGCGACAAAACCUUCCGCUACAAAACCCUCAUCAAUGCGCACAUCCGCAAGGCGCACCCGGAGGCAACGGCGACGAGCAGCUAAAGGAUGUAAGUGCCACACCUUCUCCCUUUCAAUGAAUUGUAUACAAACAGUCGGUUUGUAAAACAUGAUGCGACGGGCUGGAACGUUCAUCUGCCGCCCCCCGCCAAAGGCGCAGCCAUCGCAGCACAAUUUAUUUCUCCCGUCGCGUUACUGGUACGCCCUCGUAGCGCUUUUUGUGCUUGUGCCACACGGUCUUACAGGAAGAACAGGGCCGUCUUGACCGCCAUGUACGCGGUGGCAAAGUAGGCGAUGGCCCACGAGAGGCCACGGGCCGGCUGGGGAAUCACGACCACCGCGUACACGAGCGUGUGCACGAUGCGGGCGACGGCGACCGCCCGGAACAGGUUGAUCGCGAUGAACGGCUCCGGGUUGGUCAGCAUGUACAGCAGCCCGAUGGCAAAGAACGGCAGAAUGUUCUCCAGAUCGUUACGAUGGGCCCGGCGCACGCGCUCCACGUCCGGAUCGUCGAACUUGGGCUGGGCGCCCUUCUUGCUGGGCUGGAUGUCUUCCGGAUUGGCGAACACCUUGCGGAGAGUGAGGAGGAAAUCGGAGAGAAAAAAAAAUGGUUAGAAAGUCGUAAAACACGUUUAAAGCGACCAAAAAAAAGAUGCUCAAGGUCAGCUUAAUUUCAGCGGGAAGAUCGGCACCGUUUACGAUCUAUGCAAGUCAUGCUGAAUCGUAAACAGUUCAAGCACGCAGCUUCUAAUACUCCUCCGUACGUAUGCGAAACGCGUGCAGGUGACGGAAGGGGUGAUACUUUUAAUGUGUUGGUUCCAUCCGCGCACACAUUCGCAUAUGAAUUUGAAAGUCAUGUCGCGUAUUUGUAUUGCUAGCUUGCUUCCCUUGCCGUCUUUAAUCAACCUCGCGUAUAGAGAUAGAAGUAUAGAUAAUGUGAAAAAACAACCUGAACCCCAUUAUGGGUAGAACUCGCAUUGGCGCUUCACACGUUUAGCUAUUUUUUGAAAUAACUGAUCUUAUCGUAUCAGUAGGUUCAAUAACUUGGUCUUUAAUUAGCUUAAAUAAUAGCUUAUAGGUAGCUUUAAAUAAUUAUUCCUGUGUAUGUUACACAAGCAUGCUACAUUAUGUUUCGUGGUAAACAUAUUAACUAUUGAGUCAAUUAAAACGAGCAUCCAACAUUUUAAGACAACCAAUUGCCUUUAACCUUUCGGGUAAGAAAAGGUUUUCUUGACUUAUUUUUCAAUUUAAUCCACCUUUCCUUAUCAACCGGCAAAUCCGGCCACGCAAGCCCCGGACACCUCACGAAGCGGUGUAGCUUUAUCAAAUACACACACACACUCUCAGGGGAACCGUGAUAUGUGAACUACACCUAAUCAAUAAUCGGCAAAAAACGGAAUGUUGGCGCAUACAUCCGCACCAAAAAAAUAACCGCUCCCCGUUGCGUAAUGCCGCCUUUUGGCGGAUCUUCUGGAAUGUGUGUGUGUCCCUUUCAUGGUUGUAAUCCCUUACCUUCUUGCGGAAGCGCUGGCGGCCAGUCAGCACGGACAUGGCCAGCAUCUUCACCACCAGCACCGCCGUCCAGAAGACGUACGUCCGGAACACCUCCUCGUUCACGUUCUGCAGCAGGGUCGUCAUGUUUGAUUGGCGGAAUUUAUGUGUUGAUGGUUGCUGUCGGAAGCGGUUCCUGUCGAUCAAGAAACGAUUGCACGAUAUGGAAAGGAAAUUAAAACAAAAACACUCACACAGAGGCUACGCUCUAAUGUUGCCUCACCGUUAUAAUGCUGCCUGCCUGUGCGCCGGUGCAAUUGCAAA